AAUGCUGAUUGACACCAUCCCCACAGCAGCUGACUGUGACGUCACUGAUGGCGGAAAUCAAGUGGAGAAUAUGUUUCAGGAGGAUUCAACCAAUUGCAAGAUCUUGUUUUCUUGAAAAGUUCCUAAUUCCCCAACGUGAGGAAAGUAAAAUUCAUGAUCAUCUUGUCCUCCACGGAGUGUUACAUUGUGCAUGAAAUCUACAAUGGGGAGAAUGCUCAGGACCAGUUUGAGUACGAGCUGGAGCAGGCCCUGGAAGCACAGUACAAAUAUAUAGUGAUAGAACCCACUCGCAUCGGUGACGAGACCGCUCGCUGGAUCACAGUUGGGAACUGCCUGCACAAGACCGCCGUCCUAGCAGGCACCGCUUGUCUCUUCACCCCUCUGGCACUUCCAGUAGAUUAUUCCCAUUACAUCUCCCUGCCUGCUGGCGUGCUGAGCAUGGCCUGCUGCACCCUCUACGGUAUCUCCUGGCAGUUUGACCCUUGCUGCAAGUACCAAGUGGAGUAUGAUGCCUAUAAACUUUCCCGCCUGCCCCUGCAUACGCUCACUUCCUCCACUCCUGUGGUGCUGGUGAGAAAGGAUGACCUGCACAGAAAGAGACUGCAUAACACGAUAGCACUCGCUGCCCUGGUGUACUGUGUAAAGAAGAUCUAUGAACUCUAUGUUGUAUGACUUCAGUAGGGAAAAGAGAAACCCACAAAGACAAGUGUAUUAAGACUCCCACAGUAACAUUUUUUUCCUCUGAGAAGCAGUGGAGACUGGGAAGGCGUUUGGUUUAAUAGAGUUGUUAUUUUUUAAAUAACACAUCACUGAUGCACCAAGGUUUUUCAGUUCUUCAUUACUCUUAAGAUGUGGAUCUGCAGUGACUUGAGAGCUGUACGCUAGGCUGUGGGAGCCAAAUCCAGCAAUGGAACGUUGAUGGAAGAAAACUAUAUAAAGGGGGAGUGAAAGGUUUUUGGUUGUUUUUUUGGGAAACUUUUAAGAAUAUUGUUUAAUUGUAUACACAGAACCAGCCCAAAGUUAUCAUUGCCCAUUAAAAGAUGAGAAUUUCAAA